GAUCAAAGUUUUCAGGUCAAAGUUGAAAGUUGAAACAAAUCGGUUGUGCUUUCCUUACGUUGGCUGAAAAAUGGCUAAACAUCAUCCAGACUUGAUUUUUUGCAGAAAACAAGCCGGUGUUGCUAUCGGGAGACUCUGCGAGAAAUGUGAUGGAAAGUGUGUCAUCUGUGAUUCGUAUGUGAGGCCGUGCACGCUGGUGCGCAUCUGUGACGAGUGUAACUACGGCUCUUACCAGGGACGCUGUGUGAUCUGUGGUGGGCCGGGUGUGUCUGACGCCUACUACUGUAAAGAGUGCACCAUCCAGGAGAAAGAUAGAGAUGGAUGUCCGAAGAUCGUAAACUUGGGCAGCUCUAAAACAGACCUGUUUUAUGAAAGGAAGAAGUAUGGCUUCAAGAAGAGGUGAAGAUGCCACUGCUCAGCCACCGUUUUAGUUUUUCAGCUUUUGCAAACUUUCUUUACAACUUCAAGAAACCUUUUUUGACUUGUCAAUAAAACUCAGUUUUAUAUUUCUUUUUUGUGAUUGCUUUCGAUAUUAAUCCCUGAACUGGACAUAGACAUGGGCUAAUUAACAUCAGUUCCCCUAUAUUUCACACUUUCAGCUCCACUGAUUACUUCAAAGUAGUUUCCAAGUGUAAUUGUACGUGGCUUUGAUUUUAUAUUCAAAAUGUGGAUUUACUUAUUUAUUAAUGCUUAGGUUCUAGUGUGAUGUAAGCAUAUAGGUUAUUUUAACCUCUGGAAACUGUUCACCAGUUGGAUGGUGUAUGGCUGACAGGACUGAACUGGAAUCUUAAAAUAAACAUUCAUGAAAGAGAACUUCAUACAUUCCCACCAAAGCUUUAUUUAUGUAUAUAUAUAUUUACUCUAUGUACAGUUCUAGAGGUAAGCACAUUCAAAAUCCAAGGACCUCUCUUUCUACAAAGACAGAACCAGGAGAACCCUACUAAAUUAACAAAUUGAUCUGUUCCAAAUAGAGAGGGUGGAUACAAUGUCUAAAAAUGGAUAUCAAAAAAAGUCAGGAAGUUUGUCUUUAAAAUUGAACUCAAACUGUCAAAGGUAUUUAUUGGUGGAAGCACAGCAGCAAAGUAUUAAAAUAUAUCCCCUUGUUAUGAGAAGGGGCUAAUAAACAAUAUAAAGAAACAGUUAUGGUAGACUGCACAUUGCAUUGAAUGGCUUUAGACAUAAGACAAUUUAGAGAUGUGGGGCCUCCUUGCUGUGUGUAAAGGAUGCCCCUGAUAGUCUGCAAUUACCAAGGCUUGUUGGGUUUAUCAAA